UCUGCCAUAUCAUCACUACUGUGACUUUCUGACAACAAUAACAAAAAAAAAAAGUUGGCAAAAAACGGUAAUGUGAAAAGACAACAAAAAAUGUAAAAAAGGGGAUUAACAAACCAUUCGUCAUUCAAUUAAAUUUGCCGAUUCCAUUCUUAUGUUUUGCUAGUUAUAAUUCAAUAGUACAUAGUGUUCUGAGUCAAAUCCUCAAUAAAAUGGACAAAGAAAGAUUCUCCUUACUCCUACUGGAACCGAACGAAAUUUACUUCGAAGACUUUCUGGCCAAUUUAAUCGAUGAACAACGAACAGCUUCAGAUGAGCCCGUACGGGAUGGACAUCUGAAAAUGUGUUCGAAAUCAAUAAUUUUCGAUCCGAAAGAUAAAAUGGAACCGAUUGUAAAGAUCGUUUACAAAGACUGUAAAAAGCUUUACGAAUGGCCGGGGAAAUUAGAUUCGAAGGAUUCGAAUGUGUUGGCCGUUGAGUGUUCUCAAUACACCGAAAUAUUGGAAAGAAACGUAUUAGCUCCAUAUACAUUCAGAAAUGAAAGUCGGGUGUUUCUCUUCAGUAUGCAAUAUGCCCGGAUUGAGACACUGUUACAGCAUCUAAGUCAGUUGCAUAGAGCUUCUAGUCUUCAACCAUAUGAACAAAACGAUAUGAUUGCAAUGAUUGUCUUCUCACGGCAUAAACGAUACAAGUUUGAUCCACUAUGGCUGAAUGACAUUUACGAAGGAAUAAUUGUCGAAAAUACAGUCGAUGAAAUAAAACCACUCAUCACCAAUCCAGGCCGUUUAUUGCUAUCCACAAAUGCAAUCUAUUUUCAGCCUUAUAACAAUAUCCAACCGUAUCCCGUGAAAAAAAUUUCGCUAAAAUCUCUGGAAAGUCUGACGAAGCGAAGAUUUCUGCUCAGACACAUUAGCUUGGAGAUCGUGUGGAAAGAUUCCAGCAAUGACAAGACUGAUACAUUGUACGUGGCAUUUCGUAACGAGACUGAUCGGAAUACAUUUUAUGAAAAGACUAUGGCACAGGACGGUGUCUCGAUAGCAAAAAUCAAACCAGAAACGAUGACACUUAAGUGGCAGAAUGGGGCCAUUUCGAAUUACGAAUAUUUGCUAUACCUAAACAGUUUAGCUGAUCGGACAUUUCACGAUUUAACUCAGUAUCCAAUAUUUCCGUGGAUCAUCAGUGACUACACUUCGAACGAAUUGAAUUUGGAGGACGAGAAAUGUUAUCGCGAUUUAACGAAGCCAAUGGGUGCAUUGAAUCCGGAACGGUUAAAUCGAUUGAAGGAACGCUUAGACGAGAUGGGCGAUCCUAAAUUCCUCUAUGGAUCCCAUUAUUCUGCUCCUGGCUUGGUUUUGUUUUAUUUAGUAAGAAAGCAUCCGAAACUUAUGCUGUGUCUACAGAAUGGACGAUUUGAUCAUCCUGACCGAAUGUUUAAUAAAAUGUCCGAUGUGUACAAUAAUUGCCUGAAUAACAUGUCGGAUUUUAAGGAAUUAAUACCAGAAUUCUACGACACCAGCAAAAAGGGCGAUUUUCUUCGAAACGAUUUAAAAAUUAAUUUCGGUACGAGACAUGAUGGUACGCCGGUGAAUCACGUUCAACUGCCACCAUGGGCGAAAGAUUCACCUGAACAUUUUGUUGAAAUAUUUCGCGAAGCUCUCGAGUCCGACUAUGUAUCACAAAAUCUGAACCACUGGAUCGACUUGAUAUUCGGAUAUAAGCAGCGAGGCGAGGAGGCAAUAAAAGCAAAUAAUCUGUUUUUUCAUCUGUGUUACGAGGGAUCGGUUGAUCUUGACGAAAUAAACGAUUUGCGGGCUCGUCAUGCAUUGGAAGUGCAAAUAUCAGAAUUCGGUCAAAUACCUAAGCAAUUGUUUCACAAACCACAUGUGCCUAGGACACGAUCACCUUCACUCAAAGAGAUAUCGGACAUAGCCGAAUGUGAUACGAAGAUAAAUCGAUUUGAUUUGAGCGAUCAAGUUCAAUCACACAAAAAUAUAGUCAGUUGUGUUAUCGUCGACGGAUCGACGAUCAUUUCGACCGGAAAGGACGGAUUGCUCAAAUGUUAUGACAUUAAGGGGAAGCGACAGACAAGGAGCGUGUUCAUUGGGUCUCUACCGCUAAGUUGCUGUGUUAAAAUUCCAGAAACGAGUACAAUCGUUCUAGGCUCUUGGGAUAACACAAUCAUGACCUAUAACUUAGACUUCGGUCGUGUUUCUAAUGUUAUACCCGCACAUGAUGACGCAGUCUCCACACUAACAAUUUUGUCAAAACUUGGAAUAUUAAUAUCUGGUAGCUGGGAUUGCUCUGUUAAAAUAUGGAAAGGAUUUAACUCAAGUGGUUGCGUAUCAUUUCGCAUGUCCGACGCAAUGGUGGCCUAUUUGUCUCUAGAGGAAAAAGUGUCAUCCAUCGAUGCCUCGUUGACCGAUGACAAUAUACUGCAAGUUGCUGUUGGAACAUUUUCCGGUGAAGUGUUUUUGUGGAAAUUACGCGUAAACAGUACAACCGAUAUGGAAACGAUCGAAAAUGCCGUAAUGACCAAGCAUAUUGACGAAGUAACAUCAGUUCAAUUCAAUCCAUCGAAAACAAAAAUUGCUUCAGCUAGCUUGGACGGAUCCUUUCAUAUUUGUGAUAUUACGACUGGCAUGGUAGUGCUCAGCCAACAACACAAUAGUCCAAUAAUUUGUUUAGAUUGGAAAUAUUCCGAAGAAUACUUGGCCAUGGGUGACGAAAAUGGCCACUUAGUUCUCUGGAAUAUGUUAACCGGAUCGGAGUACAUCAAAUCGAAGGUUUUUACUGGGUUGGUAUCUUGCCUUGUGACCACGAAUGUUGAAAAGAAAAUUAUUGUAGCAGGAAUCGGCGGCAGUGAUAGACAUGAGUAUAGCAUCAAAGUUUUCGAUUGUUUGUAAAAUAAAAAGGAAAACAUAUUCGACAAUCAAUGAACGUUGUGAUAGUCUGUAGGUAGUCGUGACGUAUUGUGACGUAAAAUAUAAAAUUAAUCGACUAUGUGUAGGAGCAAUAAAGAUAUGUGUUAUAAACGAA